GCGAAGCACCUGAUAAUCAAAGAUGGCGGCGGCAUUUGGGAUGUAGUUGUUUUUAUGAACUUCUGUACUUUGUUCUUUGGUGAAAAUACACGCCCUGUCUCCCCCCCCCCCCUAAGUCCACUUGGAGCUGAGCAGUGGUUGUUGUUUCGGACAGUUGUUGUCACAGCGCUUCGUUGUGCUUCUUCACGUAAAUUCCUCUGGCAUCCGUUAAUAGUGAGCCGCAACUGUCAAGAGGACGACGAGCCUCACUUCCGGCUCAGACAUGAAGGAGGCUCUGUCCCUGGUUCAGAGAGUGAGCGCACACCCGGACUCCCGCUGCUGGUUCGUCAGCUGGAACCCGUCCGGGUCGCUGGUGGCUUCGUGCGGGGGCGACAAGGCCAUCCGGAUAUGGGGACGAGAAGGGGACUCUUGGAUUUGUAAGAGUGUGCUUCAGGACGGACACCAGCGCACUGUGAGGAAGGUGGCAUGGUCUCCCUGUGGAAAUUACCUGGCCUCUGCCAGCUUUGAUGCAACCACUUGCAUCUGGAAAAAGAAGGACGACGACUUUGAGAGUUUGACUGUGUUGGAAGGACAUGAAAAUGAGGUGAAAUGUGUGGCGUGGGCGCCCUCGGGGAACCUGCUGGCGACGUGUAGCCGAGACAAGAGUGUCUGGGUCUGGGAAGUGGAUGAAGAAGACGAGUAUGAGUGUGUUACUGUCGUGAACUCUCACACGCAAGACGUCAAGCAUGUGGUGUGGCACCCCACCCAGGAGCUCCUGGCGUCAGCCAGCUACGACAACAACAUUUGCAUAUACAGGGAGGAGGAUGACGACUGGGAGUGCCGGGCCACUUUGCAAGGACACACGUCCACAGUGUGGAGUUUGUCUUUCGAUGCAACUGGACAGAGACUGGCCUCCGGCAGUGAUGACCGCACCGUGAAGAUUUGGAAGGAGUAUCCAAAUGAGGCUGGACAGGACUUGUCGUGGAAGUGUGUUUGCACUCUGUCUGGGUACCAUGGACGAACAGUAUACGAUGUCGCCUGGUGUCCACUGACUGGUAUCCUGGCAACUGCCAGCGGUGACGACGCAGUGCGAGUUUUCAAGGAGGAUGAGUCCACUGGUCCAGACCAGCCGGUGUUCUCGCUGGCUGCUCAGGUGACCAAGGCUCACAGUCAGGAUGUCAACUGUGUCGCCUGGAACCCAAAGGAGGCAGGGCUGUUGGCCACCUGCAGCGAUGACGGAGACUUCGCCAUCUGGAGGUUCCACGAAGACUGAUGUGACUGAGCAAAACAAAGUUACAGUGGGGACGUUGUUGUCCUGAAGUCACCUCGUUAUUGUUUGUUCAACUUUUACAGCUCAUUAUCGUUAGCUCAAGAAUAACCAUGUCACUUAUCACCUCUGUCUGUUUUUCUGAACUGUUUUAAUGCUUAGUGAGUCUACACAUUUCUUUAUAACAGCCAAAUUGAGAAUUUAUUCAUUUAUGUUUAUCUAAAUAAAUAUAAAACAUUAUAAAAAGCA